AUGGAGGGGGCAGCAACGGCCACGGAGGCCUACCAGUACGUCGGGCCCUUCAGAUUGGAGAAGACGCUGGGGAAAGGCCAAACAGGUCUAGUAAAGCUUGGGGUUCACUGCGUCACUGGGAAGAAGGUAGCCAUUAAAAUCAUCAACAGAGAGAAACUGAGCGAAUCUGUUCUUAUGAAGGUGGAGAGGGAGAUAGCAAUUAUGAAGCUGAUAGAACACCCCCACGUUUUAGGAUUGUCUGAUGUUUACGAAAAUAAGAAAUAUUUAUAUUUAGUACUAGAACAUGUGAGUGGGGGCGAGCUCUUCGACUAUUUAGUGAAGAAAGGGCGGUUAACCCCCAAGGAGGCGAGGAGGUUCUUCAGACAGAUCAUAUCCGCGUUGGACUUCUGUCACAGUCAUUCCAUCUGCCACCGAGACCUGAAGCCAGAGAAUCUGCUCCUGGAUGAGAGGAACAACAUCAAAAUAGCGGAUUUCGGGAUGGCGUCUCUUCAGCCGGCGGGGUCGCUGCUGGAGACCUCUUGCGGGAGCCCACAUUACGCGUGCCCCGAGGUUAUAAGGGGUGAGAAAUAUGAUGGCCGCAGAGCCGAUGUAUGGUCUUGUGGCGUUAUCCUUUACGCUUUGCUGGUGGGCGCACUGCCGUUUGACGACGAUAACUUACGUCAAUUACUCGAAAAGGUGAAACGCGGAGUGUUCCACGUGCCACACUUCGUGCCUCCCGACUGUCAACAGCUGCUCCGAGGGAUGAUUGAAGUCAACCCGGAGAAAAGGAUGACUCUGGCAGAAAUAACGAGACAUCCAUGGGUGACUGCCGGCGGUCGGGGGGAGUUGGAGCAGGAGUUGCCUAUGAUGGAAGUAGUCCAGACCAGGGUGCUACCCUCCGCUGAGGCCAUCGACCCUGACGUGUUACAGGCUAUAUGCAGCUUGGGUUGCUUCAAGCAAAGGGACAAACUGAUACAAGAGUUACUGAGUCCGCACCACAACACGGAGAAGGUGAUCUACUUCCUGCUGCUGGAGCGCAAGCGCAGGCGGCCGGCGCGCGACGACGAGCCGCGCCCGCCCGCGCCGCCCGCGCUGCUCGACCCGCCGCGCAAGCGGCUCGACACCUGCCGGGUAAACGGGCAGUCCACGCAUUUUGGACAAAUAAGCGAGGGUUCUCCGAUAACGCCUCGAAGAUCACAAUUCAGGUUUGGUCGCAGCAGGUCCGCGACGGGGCGCCGCGCGGACGGCGGCUCCCCCCAGCUGUGCGCCAGCCCGCCAGGUCAUACGCCACAUCGGGUGUCAUCAUUGGGCGGCACCCCAGCCACACCUGGAUCUCCUUUGGCAUCACCAUCGAUCCGUGAACAUCAUCACCAGAGGGCCAACUCUACCGGACCCACGAUAAGCCUCAACCUGAGUGGUGAGCCCGGUGACGCAGUGCUAAUAAUCAACGACUCACCGAUCAUGGGUUCUUCUGUCAACGUGAGGCCGCACAGUCCGUCGCAGACGCAUAGAGUGCGCGAGAGGUCGUCGCUGCCCGGCCCGCCCGGCACGGCGCAGUCGCCUGCGCAGGCGCCGCUGUUCCCCAACCUGGGAACUAUCACAGGCGUGGCGGCGGGCGGCGCGGCGGGCGGCGCGGCGGCCCCGUGGCGCGCGCGGCUCGCCAGCAUCAAGAACUCCUUCCUGGGCUCGCCGCGGUUCCACCGCCGGAAGCUGCAAGCGUCAUCAGAGGAAGUCCACUUGACGCCGGAGUCGUCUCCAGAGUUGACCAAGAGGUCGUGGUUCGGCUCGCUGCUGCUGUCCGCUGAUAAAGAGGAGACGUUCACGGCCCUGGUGAAAGGGAAGCCCUUGGCUACUGUCAAAGCUGACCUUAUACACGCAUUUCUCAGUAUAGCGGAGUUAUCACACAGCGUUCUGAGUCCUAUGUCGUUCCGGGUGGAGUACAAGCGGGGCUCCAACGCGCCCGCCAUGUUCCAGAGGCACGUCAGAUUUCAGGUGGACAUAUCGACAAUAACGAAAGCACCAGGCGAGAACGGAAAGGAAUAUUUAUACGCCAUCACUUUCACUUUAUUAUCAGGUAACAUCCGGCGCUUCCGGCGCGUGUGCGAGGUGGUGCAGGCGGCCGUGUGCCGAGCCCCGGGCGCCGGCCGCCCGCCCGCGCUGCACCCGCCCUCGCCGCGCGCGCACCGCCGGAACAUACACCCGCACGCCGCCAACGAAAUACCGGACAGUCCAGAAACUCCUCACCAGCAGUCUGAUCACGACAGUGACUCCUCGGUCUUCGACACGGUGAAGAGUCCGAGCACUUCCAUUGACCAGCUGGACCAGAACGGAACACAUCCACUUGGAUCCAGUUCGUCCGUGACCAGCGGUUCUAGUGGCUAUAAACAGGGCGUGCGCGUGCGCCGCGCCGCCGAGCCAGCCUCCGCCAGCCUAGACCACGAGAUCAUGGCGUGCGGCCGCGGCCUGCCCGGCACCCACACAAAACGUUCGUCGUCGGAAUGUCGCGACGCGACGUCGUCGCCGCGCCGCGGGCUCGGGUCGCGCGAGUCCUCCAUCAAGGACGAGUUGCGGCGCAACAACUCGAUGCGCGACAGCCGCCGCGACCCGCCGCCCGCGACCAUCGCGUGAUUGGUCUGAUGAUUUCGAAUAACGGCGCGCGAUUGGUCGGACGAUUUGUCAGACUGAUUCGUGAUUGGUCGGAUUGUAAUACGAUAAUGUCUGUCAAAUGUUGUAUGUCUAUGAGAUUUAAAUUGGAGAAAUGAUAAUGUUAUUGCUCCAAUGAUUUCUAAUAAC